AUGGGUAGGGUUGGACAGACAGUCUCAUACUGGGUCAACGACUGUCUGAUUGCCCUUGCGUCUAUACUUUCGGGUGCGGCAUCCAUCGGUCUGGCAUGGUUGUGGUUCAAAUGGCGCACAAACUACGUCUGGGUGCAUCAGCAUAUCAUUGUUCCUACCUUGGUGAACUCGCUGAUUGGACUUUUGUCCACCAUUCUGAACAUCUACACGGUUCACGGAGGCCAGUGGUCGGGAACAUCCAUAGCUACGACGACGGUGACGGGCUGGUGGCUUGUGGUCUCGUGCGUUUUAUGCGUGGUGUAUCAAUAUCUGCUGGACGGCCUGCGUCGCAAGAUGGAAUGA